CCCUAGGUUAUUGCAGAGACGGUGUGAGAAUCCGAAACAGCUGGGUCCGGCUGGGAUUGCCGGUGUACGCGCUAGCGAGUCCAAGCGUGAGUGGCUGUGGCGCCUCUGGCUCACCAGCGGCGUGCCUUUCCUCGCAGGAGUUAAACUGCGCUCAGUUGAGUCAGCAAAACUGCGAGGAGGUGGGUGAUUAGAAGUUGUAAAAGUAAGACUUACCUGUUUCUCCCCAUCUGUACCUUCUUUGCUUGCGGCAGUACUGCAUUCACUUGGUCUUGGAGGUUCAUUGACGUCAAAAUGUCUCAAAAAAUCCAUGGUGGUUCUGUGGUAGAGAUGCAAGGAGACGAAAUGACACGAAUCAUUUGGGAGUUGGUUAAAGAAAAACUCAUUUUUCCCCAUGUGGAACUGGACCUGCACAGCUUUGAUUUAGGCAUAGAGAAUCGUGAUGCCACUAAUGACCAGGUCACCAAGGAUGCUGCUGAAGCUAUAAAAAAGUACAACGUGGGUGUCAAGUGUGCUACCAUCACUCCCGAUGAGAAGAGGGUUGAGGAGUUCAAGUUGAAACAAAUGUGGAAAUCACCAAAUGGCACCAUCCGAAAUAUUCUGGGUGGCACUGUCUUCAGGGAAGCAAUUAUCUGCAAAAAUAUCCCCCGGCUUGUGAGUGGAUGGGUAAAACCCAUCAUCAUAGGUCGUCAUGCUUAUGGGGAUCAGGUUAGUCAUGGUGGCAUAAUUUGAUUUUCCACAUUCUUUUUUCAUGACCUUUGGCCCGCCAGCAGUACUAAUUUAUAUGUUUUACUCUUUUCUUUUGGUAUCUACUCCCAUAAGUGAAAUGCAAAACCAAGAAAUACCUAUGUAUACCUGUAUGUUUACAUACAUUUAGGUAUCAGUGAAUAAGGACAAACUUCCAGAUCAGCACCUGUCUCAACAU